UCUUUGCCCCGCGAGUGUGUUUACUCCUGUGAUACGGUCGCUCGACCCCUUUUUUCCGGAUUUCAAAUGGAUUCACAACGGUCAAUAAUAACUUAACCAGAGGAUCGCCUUUUCAGCGUACAUCACUUUUCUGCAAGAAAAAGUGAAAGAACGAUGAAAAAGAGGCGCAUUAAUUGAACGAUAAUCAGAACGAUGCAUCAUGGCUUCGUCUUUAGGGGGACCAGGAAUGGCGUCAAGUGUCCCGUCACCGCGAAGAGUCAACCUGGAGUUUCCACCACCUCCACCUUAUCCACCGCCUCACAGCCAGAUGGCCUGCCCUGGAUUGGUGGAUCCUGGAUCGGUAGCGUCUCCGAUGACGAGUUCUGCUCAUCAGCAUCCCCUUCAGGAUUAUUCAUAUGCUUACUUCGAACCUGGACCGAGUCGGCUGCAUGGCACAUAUCCGGCGGAAGUUGGCCUGAAUCGUGUGCAGCCACAACAACAGCAACAAUUGCGCGCAGAUUCGUUCAAGAGACACACAUACAUGACACGAUACGGGACAGAGGAGAAUAUUUACGAGGAGAUAUCGGAGAUCAACAGACAAUGUCACCGAGCAUUGCAUGGUUCGAGAAGAUCCCUAGUGGCGGAAGAGGUACGACGAGUUCAGUCACGGCAUCGUCGAGUACUCGGGGAAUUGAAUUUGAGCGUGGAGGCGAUGCUGAUGCCUACCGUAGCCGAUAACAACGACGAGGACGAGCCACAGGACCAACGAGGGGCGUCCACAGAGGAACUGUUAUCCUCGGUCAGUCCCACCGACGACCUCCUUUCGCCCGUUGGCUGUGACAUGGACAGCGGCUUCAGUGGAAGCUCCAGUGCAAGUUACAGGUCGGGGCUGGGAUCGUUGAGGAGGGGAAUGGGCAAGACUAGCACUCCGGAAUUAGCGGGCGGACAGCGUAAAACGAAAGCGGCUAUGAUCUGGAAAAAGGGUUGGAAAGGCUGGAAGAAACUGCAUUCUUUCGGGAACAAUAGCAACAAGACUGAUGAACCACGUUCAAGGUGUAGAUCAUGGGAUGACGUAGGACCGACUAAAAUGGAAACUGUCGGCCAAACGCACAGACAACAUCAUCCCUCCUUAGAGGCAACUAGGUCCAAUACGUCGACACAGUCGGCUAGAAGCGAGGACUCUUGGUGCUCAGCAUCGGAUCAUGACCUCUCCUCGGACGACGAAAGUGAGAAGAGUAAUAUCAGUAUUAAAAGCAAUUGCCAAUUGAGGAAUACGUUGCACAAGGCAAGGACGCUGUGUGACAAGUGGAGGCCACAAAAUAUGCGAGUGAACAAUGCUGACCCAUUGGAUUCGCCCGGAAACCAUGGAAGACUAUCUAGAUGGUUCAGUAUCCGGAGAGGAUCGACACAACAAUAUGAUGUGGAUUCCUCCGACACGGUAUCCCUUACCAGUCCCAUCAAAACACCUCAAAUGCCGCAACUUUGUGAAGUUGAAGAGGAAAACAGUGCAAUGGUGCAAUUUCAGUGCAUGCAGCAACGUAGGCAAACUCCACCCGCCCUUCCUCCGACACCUCCGAAUUUAACUCCUCAACAGCUAAAACGUCGACAUAUAGUAGCAGCUAUAGUACACUCUGAAAACAGUUAUGUGUCCACGUUACAGAGGCUAGUGAACGAUUACAAGAAACCAUUAGAAGAAUCCUCGCCGCCUAUAUUGAGUCAGGCAAAAAUAGCAACAUUGUUCCACAGAUUGCCUGAAAUUCUGCAAUGCCAUACGUUAUUUAGAAUUGCAUUAGCUGAAUGCGUACGUUCAUGGGACAAGGACGAAAAGUUAGGAGACGUGUUUGUAGCAAGUUUCAGCAAAGCUAUCGUUCUUGACAUUUAUAGUGGGUUUAUAAAUAAUUUUUCAGUAGCUAUGGAUUUGGCUAAGCAAGAAUCAAAAAGAAAGACUGCGCUAGCCGAUUUUUUCAAGGUGAAACAAAUAAGUGCACACGAUAGAUUGUCCUUCUUUGGAUUAAUGGUAAAACCUGUGCAGAGGUUUCCACAAUUUAUACUAUUCUUACAAGAUUUACUGAAACACACGCCACAAGGUCAUCACGAUAGGAUGUCGUUGCAAUUGGCGUUGACCCAAUUAGAGAGUUUGGCGGAAAUGUUGAAUGAAAGGAAACGUGAAGCGGAACAGUUCCAAGCGUUUAAAGAAAUGCUUCGACAUGUAUCUGGGAAAUUGUCCCAUCGACCUCUUUCGUCGUCAUCUAGGUAUCUUAUAAGAGAAGAUAAUGUUACGCAAUUGGAAUUUAAUCAAAACGGCAUGAUAACAAAGUCUAAAAGAAGAAGGUUGUUAUUAUUGAAUGAUCUUGUAGUGUGCGUUUCGGUAACUCCAAGAUCCGCAGAGGAUUUUAGCGGGAGUGAAAGACUAACUUUGAAAUGGACAUAUCCUGUAUCGGAUAUUGAGAUUCAGGAUACAAGCACUUCACCAACGUUAAGUCGUUUACUGACUGCUGGUCUAAAUAAAUGCGGAAGCCUAAAAUCUGACAAGAGCGGCGAUUGCGGACAAGUGGGUGCAGAUAGUCUCUGCGUAGAGAUGAACGAUCUAAUGCAUGACUAUGAAGUCAUGUCUAGGAUAAGCGAUUUAGUCGCACAACUAAAGGGUAAAUACGAGGGUAUGACGCUUGAGAAAACUAAACAAAUUCUGCAAUCCAUACAACUUUCAAUACAACAAAAAGAUGAAGACAUGGUUUGGGCAGAUAGUUGUUGCCUGCAAUUAGUAACGAAGCAAGGACAGAUGUACACGUUUCAAACCGAAAAUCCUCUGGUGAAGAAAGACUGGAUAACGGAGCUUAGACUAGCACAGCUAGCCUUGGAUCCAAAUAAUUCGCCAUCUUGGGAAGUACCUGAACAAGAACAGCGACCAUCUACAAAAAUGCCACUUUUCGUUAGUUCCCAACAAGUAUAUCAUUCGCAACAUCAGACAGAGGUACGUUGCGGCUGCUAUUAUACCACGCAGAAUCCACGUCUCACGAGGCGUCGUGGAAGAAGUCAAAGUUACUUGUGGAUAUGUACAGGCGACGGUAUAUCCAGUCACGUAACAGUAUUUGGUCAAUCCACAACAGCCUCGGCAACUUCCUUGAAGCAAAUUACAGCUUUUGAUUUGGUAGAGACUAGAGUCGCCGCCAUAGAGUUCGUAAAGGGUGUUUCUUCCGAUCCACUCUCAUUAGCGAGCGAUCUCGUAUGGAUGGGUACGGAUUCUCGGAAAAUUUUAAUCUACAUCGCCUCGGAACCUGAGAAGCAAGAAGAACUUGGAAACUAUUCCGUCUCAGGUCCAGUGAUACAAAUCAAGUAUCAUUGUGACAACGUUUUCGUCGCCCUAGGAAUUGGUUUACUUCUCCUGUUCAAAAGGCAAGUGGAUGGCACUUGGAAUCUGAGAGAUCCGUUUGUAAUAUCCCUAGGCAGCGAACCGGUCUCUUGCUUGAUGCCAAUUAACGCGUCUGUCUAUGCUGCUUGCGGCAAAAAAGUUUGGGUACUUAACGCAGUCAGUGGUGACAUUACGAAAAGUUUCAGCGCGCAACACGAACACGUUGGCAGCGUGAAACUGAUGGCUCAUUCCGGAGUAGGUCUCUGGGUUGCUCUUAAGAAUUCCAGCACCGUUUGCCUGUAUCAUACAGAAACUUUCAAACACCUCCAAGACAUCAAUAUAGCAUCCAACGUAUUGAGAGUAACGAGGUCGAACAAUGCCUCAAAUUCUUGUGGCGAUAACUUAAACAACAAUCAAACUGCAGUCACUGUGACAGCACUUUUAGCGUGCAAGGGCUUACUCUGGGUCGGUACAAACGUAGGCAUCAGUCUGACGAUUCCUCUGCCACGAUUGGAAGGAGUACCUAUCAUUAGUGGUCGUGUAAAUAUUUCAUAUCACGCGCACUUCGGUCCUAUCACCUUUUUACUUGCUAUUCAGAAUCCAAAGAACACGAUAAGCUGUACAACCGAUGAAAUCGCCGACGAGGAAACUGUACAGUUACGGUCAAAGGAAUCUGAUAGUAGUAGGAAUAGAGAUCGAGCAAGUUUGGAUUCCUCUAUGUCAAACAGUAUAUUGAAAUUGAAACAACAAUUGGCGAGCAGCCCAGUAAUGUUAAGACGAAAACGUAGCAAAGAAUACGAGUACAGAGGUUCGAAGACACUUCCCAGAGGGCUCGGAUCUGGUGGAGGCUUUCUGUCAAGCUCGAUGUCCGGAUCACAGAGUUCUGGAGAGAAUUGCGACGUCUACGGCUUAUACGGAGAAUUAAUGUAUGUGAAAGAUUAUGAAAACGAGAAUAGCUCUGGUAUUGAUUUAAUUUACGAGCCACUAAGAAGAAGCGAUCCAGAACUGGCAGCCAUACCAAAUAAAGUUAGUACCUUAGAUCGUAGACUGAAGAUGAAAAUCACCAGACCCAGAUCGCUCGACUUAUCGAAUUGGUCAGUCGAUUCUCAUGCAAGUUCUCUCUAUACGUCUUCUGGCUCUGAAGAGAAUCUUUCAUUGAAAACUGGCAAAUUAUCUCGAAAUAGUAGUACAGCUAGUCGAAAUGGUCCUUAUGAAACGACUACUCCCAACAGUAGUAUAGUACAGUCUGUACCGGAAACGAUAUCAUCACCCAAUAAUUUGAAAACGAAUGGUAAGAAGAUCAAUAAAACGUUGCAACAAAUUGAACAGCCUAAAAAGACCGUUCUAACAUUAAUGGGUGGUCGAGGUUACAUCAAUUGGAGACAGUUAAACGCGCAAUCGGUCACCGACAAAGGCUCUAAAUCGGCUUACACUUUCAAAGAUCCUAACAGCAACGAUGCCCAUAUCGUAUUAUGGGAAAUGAAGUUAUGAUACUCAGUUACGCUAGGCCUAUCAUUACGCCAGUAUGGAUAGAAAUGUUUAAAAAAUGCUUUCAAUAGCCGAUGGCGAGCUCUGUAGUAUCGGCGUAUAGGACCAAAAAAGGAAAAAAAAAUAAGAAACUAUUGUCAAACUGAUAUCCACUUAAUUAGUAAGGAUACUCGGUAAGGAUUCGUUAAUUAGCGUAGUUUUUAAGUUUAGUCGCAACGAGUGUUCGAUAUGAAUAUCUCUUGGAACUAUGUUUGAAAAUGAUGUUCAACAUUUCUCGAACGUUCUUAUCGUUUGCAGUGCAAAGAUCUAGUUUUUUCGUGUAGCUCUCUAAACACAGAAAGAGGAAGCAGAAAUCUCGUAUUUUAUUAUACACUCUUUAGUCCUUCAAUACGGUCAAGAUCUAUAUUCCUUUCUCUUAGGCUGUUGUGUUUCUUUCGUGUACACUCGUAUAUGUUUAUUUAUAUUUUUCUUUUAUUUAAAAGAGUAAAGAAAGGAAGCACAUUUAACGGAACAAAAGGCGUUGAGUAUAUGUGUAUAACUAUAUAAACGUAAUUAAAUAUUGGGUUUUGAAAAUAUGUACUGAUAUACGAGUGUGCGCGUUAUUGGAAGAAAGAAUUAAUCUUUCAACGUGUAUUUUAAUAAACAUUGUUAUUUCUGUAGUUACGUAUAAAAACAAUUUAAAGCAAUGGUAUUCUUAUAAAUAAUUUAACAAAAAAACCGAAGAUCACUAAUGGAUUAAUUUGAAAUUUAAUAUGGCGGAUGAAAAUGGACAUGAUUUGAAUACCAUUGAUUUGAAACUCCAGAUUUCGAACUUUUGUUAUUCGGUGGGAAUCAUGUCAUGUGCACAUGAAUUUGUAAGAUAUAUGAAUAUAAAACGUUAUCUUACGCUUUAUACGCAGGACGUUUCGCGUCGUGAGGGAAAGACGAUAGAAUUUUUAAGUGUUUCUCGUGUUUUCAUUUCAAAUCUUGUAAAUGAAAGUUUAAAAGAAAACCCCAAUUUUUGUAAACUGGGGACGAAAUAAAGUGCACAGAGCAGCGUCUGUGAUUUAAUCUUUUUGAUGCAUUAACUGCGCCUAGCAUACGCAAAAUCUUUGACAAUAUUAAACAUUUUCUUUAAGUUUUUUCUUGCAUCAAUAAAAUAAAGAAAAAAAAAAAAAGAAAAUUCAAAAUAUACAACCAAAUUUAUUGGACACAUUUAGUUUUUUUAUUGGUAGAAUAAAAGUGAAAAAUUUUGAAGUUUGGUUUUUCUAAUGCUUUAAAAAAAAAUGAAUCUCAUGUUGCUAUUGUUCUUUACUAAAUGAUGUUAUAGAUCAUUCGGUAAUAUUUAAUAGCAUUUUUUGAAGGUACGUAAGAUAUAUUUUAUAUCUUUUAUAAACGUUAGUACGUUGAACAUUUUUGAUAUAUAUUUUACUGCCAAACGCGAUAAAGAUUUCUCAAAAGAAGGAAAAAAAAUGGUGGUUGAGAGAAAGGAUGCGCAAAACAAAAAGAUCUCUGAAGAUCGAUGACAUUGCAUGUUGUCCGUUCUUUACUUGUGAUACGAUCGACCAGGCAAAAAAGAGAGGUUUAGAAGAUGGAAAAAAGUUUAUAUCAGUUACCCAGUGAGAGAAGUAUAUCGUAGUUUUGUCGCAAAUGUGCUGUUAAGUUUUUCGCUACCGGCAUGGACGAACGAGUCUGCGUGUACAUAUCAUAUUUUCCAAGGAAAUUAAUUUUUAUAUCGCAAAUGAAUCCUGGAUAGAUUUAUAUUUUGUACACUACUUUUUUUCUGUUUAGGUUUAUAUAAAUAUAUACAUAAAUGUAAUCUUAUUUUGUAUUUAUACGAAUGAUACAUACACGUGGAAUUUAUUCAGCAAUACUUUAUUUUAUACACACGGUACACGCACACGUUAUACACACAUACAUUGCGCGCGCAUAUAUUUAUUACUUAAAAAAAGUCGUAACGUUGUAUUAUUGUUAUGUACGAAACUCGAAAAUUUUGUUACGUUAGCGUUCAAAAAAGCUAUUCGAUUCAAUGAUUUUCACUUUGUAUUGCUAUAUUGCUGGAUAUUAUAAUUAUUUAAAAAACGAA